AUGGCAGUGGAGGCGUAGAACUGUAGAAGUGUAUCUUAUCCAGAACGCCGGAGACGCGAGCGCUGCGAGCAAGCGCAAUGGAGGCGAAGCUGUCGGCGGCGUCGAGGCGGGUGGCGCCGUCGCCCAUCCAGCAGCUCUCCCACCUGGCGCAGCGCGCCGGCGCCGUCAACCUCGCCGAGGGCUUCCCCGACUUCCCGGCCCCCGCCCACGUCAAGGCCGCCGCCGCCGCCGCCAUCGCCGCCGACCUCAACCAGUACAGGCAUGUGCAGGGGAUCUGCGACGCCCUCGCGGAGACGAUGAAGCGGGACCAUGGCCUCCGCGUCGACCCUCUCACCGACUUCGCCGUUUGCUGCGGCCAGUCUGAGGCGUUUGCUGCAGCGAUAUUUGCAAUAAUUGACCAAGGGGAUGAAGUUUUGCUCUUUGAUCCAGCUUUUGAAACCUAUCAAACGUGCAUUGAACUAGCCCGAGGUGUCCCUGUGUAUGUGCCGUUGGAUCCACCUUCUUGGACUUUGAAUGAAGAUAAAUUUUUGAAAUCAUUUACAAACCGGACAAAGGCAGUGGUCUUGAAUAGCCCGCACAAUCCAACAGGAAAGGUUUUUAGCAGAGAGGAAUUGCUUAUCAUUGCUCAAGCUUGUCAGAAAAUGGACUGCUUUGCAAUAACUGAUGAGGUUUAUGAGUACAUUACUUACGAUGAGAACAAGCAUAUCUCAUUGGCUUCGCUUCCAGGAAUGCAAGAAAGGACCAUCAUUACUUCCUCACUGUCAAAAACUUACAGCGUAACUGGUUGGAGAAUUGGAUGGGCUUGUGCUCCAGCUAAUAUCGCCUCAGCAAUAAGAAACAUCCAUGUCAAGCUAACUGAUUCAGCCCCUGCACCAUUCCAAGAAGCUGCGUUGGUUGCGUUAACAAGCCCACCAGACUUCUAUUCAUCCUUGAAACAGGACUACACGGCGAGAAGAGACUUCAUCCUUCAGGUGCUUACUGAUUUUGGCUUCCGCAUUAGCUUCAAGCCACAAGGCUCGAUCUUUGUAUUUGUUGAGCUUCCAAGGUCAUGGCAACUUUCAGAUAUGGAUUUCGUGACGAACUUGAUAAAAAAUGCUGGUGUGGCGGCCGUGCCUGGUCGGGGAUUCUUCCACUCAAGUACCGACGACCCAAGCUACCAUCACCGGUAUGUCAGGUUUGCGUUUUGCAAGAGCAAUGACACCCUAAACGCUGCUGCCGAGAAGAUGAGGAAGCUAGCAGUCAGUCAUGAUGCAAGGUUAUUGAGGCCUACUGAUGAUGGAGAAGCAGGUCAGACUGCAUCAGCCACCUCUCCUUGAUCACAGCCAUAGUAUCUGCGUUCCAAAUGUUAUUUUGCUUUAAUUUUUGGGGAACCAUCAAGCAUUCAAGUUGCAGGGUAGAAGUUUGUUUUAAUCAACCGUAGUAUAAGUAAACAUUUAAGUCAGAAGAUGACUGUCCUGGUAAGUGUUUAAGCCCAAAUGGGUUGCCUUCAUUUUUUAUGCAAUCCAAACAGUUCUUAAAAAUCUGAAAAAAAAAUAUAUAUAGCACAUAA